AUGCCUGCUCCAGCCGGAUCUGUCAUCACAAGGCCACCAUCACUGAGGUUGUUGUUCGCCAAACUGAAGGACAUCCAGUCGUCUGCUGGUGACAUUCGACGUUUCAUCGAGAACUUUCGUGGUGACACCAGUACAUCCAAGGUGGAGAUUCGAUUGGAGAAGCUGGAUGAACUGUGGGAAAAAUUCGGAAAUACAGUGGUGGAGAUCAGGGCCCAGGAUGACUACGAAGAGUCAGCAGAUCUUGAAAGGGAAAGGGAGGAAUUCAGCGAUAGGUAUUAUGAGGCAAAAUCAUUUCUCGUGGAUAGGCUAAAGGAAAGGGAAACCAGAACUUCGCUUGAACAGUCUGUCAGGAACUUCGAGGUGUCGAUGUCGAGCACAUUUGAACAUGUGCGGCUUCCCCAAAUUAAACUCCAAACCUUCAGUGGGGACAUCGACGAGUGGUUAAGCUUCAGGGACUUGUUCAAGUCGCUCAUCCACAACAAAACAGACCUGCCGGAUGUUGAGAAGCUCCACUACUUAAAGGGUUGCCUGCAAGGAGAGCCGAAGAGUUUGAUUGAUCCACUGCAGAUAACGGCAGGGAAUUAUCAAAUCGCGCGGGAUUGCUUGCUGAAGAGAUAUAAUAACAGCAAGCAGCUUAAGAAGAGGCAAAUUCAAGCGUUGAUGAAGCUGCCAACGCUGACGAGGGAAUCAUCUGGUGAAUUACACACACUAGUUGAGGGAUUGGAGAGAAUGAUCAAGAUAUUGGACCAGAUCGUACAGCCUGACGACUAUAAGGAUCUCCUUUUGAUCAACAUUGUCACAACGCGCCUCGACCCAGUGACUCGCAGAGGUUGGGAGGAGUUUACGGCUACCAAGGAGCAGGAAACCUAUAGAGAUUUGAUCGAUUUUCUCCAGCAGCGAGUUCAGGUGCUAGAUUCUUUACCUGCAAGGGCGGUUGAGGGAAGAAAUCUGCAGCGUUCACCACUACAGGGAAGACCGAAACCAGCUGUUCUGAAAACGAGUUUUAACGUGGUUCAAGGGUCCGAGUUCCACUGUUUCGUUUGUACAGGAAAACAUUGGUCGAAUCAGUGUGAGGUGUUCCGGAAAAUGGCGAUUGUAGAAAAGGAGAAAAUAUUACGAAAACAUAACCUUUGUCGCAAUUGUUUUCGAAAGGGUCAUCGUGCGAUGAAUUGCUCAUCUAAAAUAUCGUGCAGAAGAUGCAAGGGUCGACAUCACACGCUGAUGUGUUUCAGGACGGAGGAAAAUAUUCGGCAGAUGGUUACGGCCGGCCCAAGUGGCUCAAAUACGGUACAGUCUGAGGAUAAUCAGAAUGCAUCAACAUCAGCUUCAUCGCCAGCGGUAAAUUUGUCAGCAAAUAUGGUUUUGCCAACUGGGACAGCUUCCAAUUCACCGUCACAAACUUUGCUGGCAACUGUUGUGGUAGUUUUAGAGGACGAUGGUGGAAAUAGGAUUACUGCCCGUGCUCUCCUAGACUCUGGUUCGGAGAGUAAUUUUAUUUCGGUACGAUUGAGUCAACGUUUGAACGUGAAUCGGGAAAUGGUUGAUAUUCCUGUCAUGGGAAUUGACAAAACCUCUUCUAGAGUGAAGCAAAGGAUACAUGCGACAGUUAGAUCUCGAAAUUCAAAUUUUGCUGAAGAAAUGGGCUUCUUAGUACUUCCCAAAAUGGACGUGAAACUUCCGACGGAACCAGUUAAUAUUACAACGUGGACAACUCCAGAAGGAAUACGACUGGCGGAUCCGUUAUUCAGCGUACCAAUGCCCGUGGAUAUCGUGUUUGGUAUAGAAGCAUUCUUCAACUGUUUCGAGUCUGGCAGGAAGAUUGGAUUAGGGGAGAAACUACCCACAUUGCAUGAAACGGUUUUCGGUUGGGUAGUGUGUGGAGGUUUCGAAUUUCAAGAUCGGGUUACGACCACAAUCUGCAACAUGGCUACAAGGAACAACUGGAGGUCAAAUAUAAAUCAGAAGUUUAAUGGAAAUCGAUUGAUAGGAAUGUCACGUAGCAGCGAUUGGUUCAGUCGAACAGUCGAAGGGAUUUAA